AUGUCUUCACUCACACCCGUCAGACUCGAUGUCAAGCCGAUGCCGAGCACCAGUGGAGCAAACUCCCAAUCUGUCGAGGGCUCAUCCGUAGCACAACCAAGCAGUUUGAACAUCAACGCCUCUAGUGAUCGCGACCCCCCGGAACGCAAGCGAAAGCCUUCACGCUCGCCCUCUCCUUCCGCCGCGAGAGACGCGAUCAAGCUGAGCAAGGAGGCUGAAGCAGGUCCCUCUCGACCACUCCCCUCCAAACAAGCUCGUCCAGACGGCAAGCAAUCAGCGCAAGACAGAAACAAAGCUAAGAAGCGUCAAAAAGCGUUGAGGAAACAAUGGGCUGAGCAGGUCGCCAAGACUGGAGAGAAGCCGAUUCAUCAUGAUAUUGUGGAGAUGCUUGGAGCGGACGUUGUUGAGCGGCUUAUCAAAGAAGGCAAAGAAUUUGAGGAGAGAAUGGAAAGGAAGGAGUAUACGCUGACAAUCGAUAGGCUCAGCUCUUAUGGUCAGUACGUAGCUCGAGCUUGGCGUCAAAGUGACUUCGACAGCCAAUGGUCCUCCUGGCGUCCAGAGCAGCUGAACGAUGUACCCGCUUCGACCGCCAUGCGAUUCAGGCGAGGGACUAGCAAUAUCACCGGAUAGGGACUGGGUGAUCGCAAUUCCACAUGCGUUGCCUGGGGAGCUUGUUCGAGCAUACGUCUUUAGUAACGAGCGUGAGUCGCUCACAGCGCAGUCUGCAUGUGAUUUGUUCCGAGACUCAUCCUGAGCAACCCAUGUUCUCGUUGGGCAGGGCUGUAUGCCAAGGCACGCCUUGUCGAAGUGGUCGAACGCGCACCUCUCCGGCAAGAAGCAGCUUGCCAGUACUUCAAGUCGUGCGCGGGUUGUCAAUAUCAGGUGCGUACAGCUAAGUGCAGACAGUGAUUCAUUACGGCAUCCAUCCUCUCACACGAGGGUUUGUGAUAUCACGUAGCAUCUUGGCUACGACGAGCAGCUUCGCAUCAAGCGAGAUGUCAUUAUCAAGGCCUACAAGCAUUUCUCCAGUGAGUGAGCGGUGAAGAUGUCCCUAGAAAGCUUCUCCACGCACUGAUGCUCCUGCAUCAUCAACAGAUCUACCGCCGGAUCUCAUCCCCGACAUAGCACCUACUCUACCCUCACCAGAACAGUUUGGCUACCGAACGAAACUCACGCCGCACUUUGAGCUGCCUUUUCAAAUCCGAGCAUUUCAUCGGAGCAAGGGCAAGAAAUCAUUGCCCGCCGUCCAGCCAGAGCUGCAGAUCGGCUUUGACCGCAUUGACGGGCCAGGUGUUCUGGACAUCGAAGAGUGUCCGCUAGCGACUCGCGUCAUCAACGAAGCUCUGCCUGACGCUCGCCAAAGUGUCAAAUCGUGAGUGCUUUGGAGGAAUCGCCGAUGCGUCCCCGAUGCUGAACAUGCGACUGUCACAGGAACAUCUCGAGCUUCAAGAAUGGAGCGACUCUUCUGCUUCGCGACUCUUUGCGCUCCCAUGACCCUGAAGAUGUGGCCUGCGAAGUCGUCAGAGACCACAACGCAAGUGUACGCGAGCGUGUGGAUAGCAUGAAGUUCGAGAAUCCUGCAGGUGCGUGCCUCGUGCAGGUGCUAUACAAUGCAAUCGAGAAGCCUCUGAUGCAAGGUCUUGCCGCGCCGUUGCGUCACAGGCGCAUUCUGGCAGAAUAAUCGCUCCAUCCUUCCGUCGGUUAUCGCGUACGUUAGACAAGCGAUUGUGGACCACCCUCCAGCGCCUUCGUCGGACGACUCGAAAAGAUACCUUGUCGACACGUACUGCGGGUCCGGCUUUUUUGCGCUGUGCUUGGCGGAUCUUUUCGAAAAGGUAUCGGGCGUGGAGCUUUCAAAGGAUAGCAUCAAGUAUGCAAAAACGAACGUGCAGCUGAAUGGAAUCAAGAACGCCGACUUUUUGGCCGGCAGCGCUGAAAACAUCUUCUCUGUGAGUCGUGCACAUCAUUACACAUGGGCGAGGCAGACUUCCGCUGAGGACCACGCGUCUUUGCUGCUUAUUCUCGCAGCAAAUCAGCUUCCCAUCCCAUAUGACGACCGUGGUGAUAGACCCACCCAGACGAGGCUGCGAUGUGCCCUUCCUGGAGCAGCUGCGCAAGCUCAGCCCUCACCUCAUCGUCUACGUAUCUUGCAACGUCCACACUCAAGCUAGAGACAUCGGAUGGCUGCUCGAGGCGGAUCCUGACUACAAGAUUGUCUCGAUACGAGGGGCCGACUUCUUCCCACAAAGUCAUCACGUCGAGAGCAUUGCGGUGCUUCACAAGCCGAACAAGCCGGCAGGCCCGCCAUUGUAG